CAAAAAAGCCCUUUCCAAAUUUUGAUUGACAGUUUUGUAGAAUUGUAUGUGUUUACAAAAAGAAAAACUGGCAUUCAAUUGUCAUUUAUAAGCGAUAACAAGUUCAGAUAAAGUACCUUAUGCAAUUACAAUGGAAAGUUCAUAUACACAGCAGAUGCGACAACAUGAUCAUCACCACGAACCCUCGGAUGCAGCAUCGCCAAUGCCACGAUGUUCGGACGGUGGCCAGCACGGAAUGAAUAUGUACUUUCAUUUUAGUGAUCUUGCAACUAUUCUCUUUAGUUUCUGGAAAACGGAUUCGGCUCUCAGUAUUCUGGCUGCCUGUGUAGUUGUCUUCAUUGUUGCCGUGCUGUACGAGCUGCUCAAGUUCUAUCGCGAGUGGCUGCGCCGGAAUGAGGACAAACGUCGUCUAGAGGGAGGAGCUCAUCGUCGUCGACGUCGCCAUUCGCGCCGCAGCCGCAGACGCCAUCGCUCAUCGUCGAUGACUGUAGAUUCAGAUUCAGUGGGUGAGGUGUCGUUGCCCAUGUCCACGGCAUCGGGUGUGGUGCCCAACGAUGGACGAAACAAGGUCCGUUUGCCGUGGCUAGCUCCCAUGCAUAUGUACCAGACCUUGCUGCAUAUGGUCCAAGUUACAAUUUCCUUUAUGCUAAUGCUCGUGUUCAUGACGUUCAACGUCUGGCUAUGUAUGGCUGUUGUUUUAGGCGCUGGAUUGGGAUAUUUUCUAUUCUUUGUGCGUGAAGAGAGCAUUACCGAGCACUGCAAUUGAGGCUGCCUAGCAGGCUGGCGUUCUAUUCCGUUGCCAACUGCUUGGCAAAUAAGCAGCAUCUUAACAUGCGCUCCGUUAAUGUAUUUUUCUAAUUAAACCAAGUUAUAAAAAGAAUUAUAACAGACAACAG